AUGGCCUUGUUUGAUCAACAUGAGUGGUAUUAUACACCAUCUCAUCAAGCUUCGCAGCAGCGGCAGCAACAUCCGCGAGAUCCCUCCGAGGAUCCCCACUUCGAGGCAGUGACGCCACCGCCUCCCCCAGCUACUCAGCCAGUAAUGCCCGAUCCGCCAAGGCGAAGAAGAUCAGGCGCAAGAAUGUCUACCCGUGGAGGGGAAUUCCACUUUAGCACCCCUCGACAUUCAAGUGGUAGCCAUUAUCCAUCCGUACCGGAGGAAGGGCCUUCAAUCCCAGUUCAAGAGGCAAACUCCGCACCAGUUGCGCCGUCCUCGCCACCAUUUGGGGACGACCGCCCGUUACCUCCGUACGCAACGAACUAUAACCCGUUUGAGCCAACGUCGCAAGCUCACUACAACUACAAUUAUGAGCGCGACCCAUAUGUGGUAGCGGCGAGGUAUAACGCCCGCUAUCCAGACGGGAAUAGAGGCAUACCGGAUUACUCAGCUCAUGGGAAAAUGCCACCUGUUAUCUUUCGCGGACGAGGAAGGGGAAGACGAGGCCGAGGAGAGAUCGUUACCCAUAACGAUCAUGAAGCUGGACCGUCAGGUACACGACCUCCAUCAAUGACGAGGAGUGAAGAACCCCAACGACGAAGAGACCUGUAUGAACCAGCAAGGCAUUCGACCUCGCAUAGUUCGACGCCAUCUUAUCGGCACUCAUUCGGACCAGAUUCCGAGAACGAUCCAAACAACCCCCAGCCAUCCUACAUACCUCUGCAGCGCUCGGUGUCUCACCGUGCUUUUGGUGAUCCAACCCCAUACUUUCGAGGUCAGUUCAAUCCGGCUGACUACAUACAGAAACCCGCUGGAUUUGUUCCGCUUGGUCCUCAAGACCACUUUUCUGAAGAUCACAUGGACGAAGACACGGACCCGACCGAACCAGCUCGUGGUACGCCCACGCACCCGAUCGAGAUCUCCGAUGGAUCAUCAUAUCAUGGUCCGCAAUACCAAGGCCCAGACAGCUUCAUGGCCUUGUUUGAUCAACAUGAGUGGUAUUAUACACCAUCUCAUCAAGCUUCGCAGCAGCAGCAACAACAUCCGCGAGAUCCCUCCGAGGAUCCCCACUUCGAGGCAGUGACGCCACCGCCUCCCCCAGCUACUCAGCCAGUAAUGCCCGAUCCGCCAAGGCGAAGAAGAUCAGGCGCAAGAAUGUCUACCCGUGGAGGGGAAUUCCACUUUAGCACCCCUCGACAUUCAAGUGGUAGCCAUUAUCCAUCCGUACCGGAGGAAGGGCCUUCAAGCCCAGUUCAAGAGGCAAACUCCGCACCAGUUGCGCCGUCCUCGCCACCAUUUGGGGACGACCGCCCGUUACCUCCGUACGCAACGAACUAUAACCCGUUUGAGCCAACGUCGCAAGCUCACUACAACUACAAUUAUGAGCGCGACCCAUAUGUGGUAGCGGCGAGGUAUAACGCCCGCUAUCCAGACGGGAAUAGAGGCAUACCGGAUUACUCAGCUCAUGGAUUCAAGUUACAAAUGGCGGAUCCUAACGGAGUAAACAGCCAUACAAGCGAGGAUGAUUACGAUAAUGCGCAGGUGCAUCUAACCGGCGCGCAGCUAAAAGCUCUAAUUGAUAAUGCUGUUCAGGCGGCUCUUGACCGUCAAUACACUGAGUCUAACAGCAGGAAAAUGCCACCUGUUAUCUUUCGCGGACGAGGAAGGGGAAGACGAGGCCGAGGAGAGAUCGUUACCCAUAACGAUCAUGAAGCUGGACCGUCAGGUACACGACCUCCAUCAAUGACGAGGAGUGAAGAACCCCAACGACGAAGAGACCUGUAUGAACCAGCAAGGCAUUCGACCUCGCAUAGUUCGACGCCAUCUUAUCGGCACUCAUUCGGACCAGAUUCCGAGAACGAUCCAAACAACCCCCAGCCAUCCUACAUACCUCUGCAGUGCUCGGUGUCUCACCGUGCUUUUGGUGAUCCAACCCCAUACUUUCGAGGUCAGUUCAAUCCGGCUGACUACAUACAGAAACCCGCUGGAUUUGUUCCGCUUGGUCCUCAAGACCACUUUUCUGAAGAUCACAUGGACGAAGACACGGACCCGACCGAACCAGCUCGUGGUACGCCCACGCACCCGAUCGAGAUCUCCGAUGGAUCAUCAUAUCAUGGUCCGCAAUACCAAGGCCCAGACAGCUUCAUGGCCUUGUUUGAUCAACAUGAGUGGUAUUAUACACCAUCUCAUCAAGCUUCGCAGCAGCAGCAGCAACAUCCGCGAGAUCCCUCCGAGGAUCCCCACUUCGAGGCAGUGACGCCACCGCCUCCCCCAGCUACUCAGCCAGUAAUGCCCGAUCCGCCAAGGCGAAGAAGAUCAGGCGCAAGAAUGUCUACCCGUGGAGGGGAAUUCCACUUUAGCACCCCUCGACAUUCAAGUGGUAGCCAUUAUCCAUCCGUACCGGAGGAAGGGCCUUCAAGCCCAGUUCAAGAGGCAAACUCCGCACCAGUUGCGCCGUCCUCGCCACCAUUUGGGGACGACCGCCCGUUACCUCCGUACGCAACGAACUAUAACCCGUUUGAGCCAACGUCGCAAGCUCACUACAACUACAAUUAUGAGCGCGACCCAUAUGUGGUAGCGGCGAGGUAUAACGCCCGCUAUCCAGACGGGAAUAGAGGCAUACCGGAUUACUCAGCUCAUGGAUUCAAGUUACAAAUGGCGGAUCCUAACGGAGUAAACAGCCAUACAAGCGAGGAUGAUUACGAUAAUGCGCAGGUGCAUCUAACCGGCGCGCAGCUAAAAGCUCUAAUUGAUAAUGCUGUUCAGGCGGCUCUUGACCGUCAAUACACUGAGUCUAACAGCAGAUGCGGUCCGUCUGAGGGCCCUAAAGAACAAGGAAGCUGA